CUGAGAAAGUCGGGUCAUUCUUCCUUUCCCGGGCGGCUCGUUUCCAAAGAUGGCAGCUGCGGCGGGGCCCGGGCCGGAGACGGAGGAGCUGCUUUUGUUAGAGAAACUCCUGGGCCUGGAGAAAGGGAACAAGUACGGCGCGCGAGAGGAGCGGAAGAUUCCAGUACUUCAAACAAACAAUGGUCCCAGUUUAAUAGGAUUGGCUACUAUAGCCACCCAUCUAGUCAGACAAGCUAAGAAAGAACAGCUACUUGGAAGUACUGCAGAAGAGAAAGCAGUAGUUCACCAGUGGUUAGAAUACAGAGUAACUCAAAUAGCUGGACAUUCUAAUAAAGAAGAUAUAACAAUAAUUCUGAAGGAUCUUAACUUAUACCUUGAAGACAAAGUCUACCUUGCCAGAAACAACUUCACUUUAGCAGAUAUUCUAAUGUACUAUGGGCUACAUCACAUCAUAGCUGAACUUACAGUGCAAGAGAAGGAGAAAUACCUUAAUGUGUCUCGCUGGUUUAAUCACAUUCAACAUUACCCAGGUAUCAGGCAACAUCUGUCUAGUAUCAUCUUCAUGAAGAACAGACUCUAUACUACUGCCCAUUAAGGCGUCUUUGGUGCCAUAUUGGAAGAGAGAAUAGGAACUGAAAUCUGGAUUUCAACAUGCACAUUUCAAAACCACUAACUUGAAAGCAUAGAUGUGUUGUGUAAGCUUCCUUAUCUAAACCAGAACAGCUGUUGCCUAAAAUAAUGAAAAUUGCAUUCAGUAACUAUCAAUUAAGAUUUGAACUUCAUAAAAUUGUAUAGUUUAUUUGUUAAUAAAAAAUGAAAAAUGGGAAUCAAGAAUCAAGUUUUAACCUUUUUUUUUUUUUUUUUAAGUGGAUUAUUCUUUUACCCCUGUAAUAGUUAAAUCUUCAAUACAGGACAAAUGAACAACUUGUCCUUCUAUAUUCACUCCAUUUUGCUAUUUAUUGACCUUUUAUGUACUUCAUUAUUUUCAUUUUAUUUUCCAUAGAUGUUUAUACCAAUUUUGUAAAUAUUAUUGUAAGAGCUAUAUUGUGUGCCAAGAACAUGAAAAAGGGAACAGAUAAAUGCAAUAGUUGCAAACUAUUUAUGUGAUCUAAUAAAUGUAUUUAAAAAGUCUAGACUUGAUCUGAUUAUGAUAUUUUAUGCCAAAGAAUAAUUUAAGAAAUAAAAAGUUAAAAUAC